AUGCUGCCGCUGCUGGGACUUAUCCUGGCGCUUCUCUGCCGGGCUCCGCUGAUCGGGGGCUCCUGGGCGGAUCCCGGCCAAAGCGAGGCGGCCGUGCUGAGCUUUCAGCUGCCCGAGCAGCCAGCCAGGGAGGUCAGCCCGUUUUUCCUGUCUCUCACCAUCGAUGCCAACCUAGCCACGGAUCCCAGAUUCAUCACUUUCCUGGGGUAGGUCACGCCAGGCUCGCCGUUUUCUGGUUUCGCCCUCCUUUUUGGGGUGUGUGCGGGAUCUUGCCCGCUGCGCCUUACGAGUAGGCUGUUUACCAACGGGGGAAGCUGCACCUGACGAGCUGCUGCCUGCUUUGCCGCGGAUGAAGUUGCCGGAGCUCGGUGCAGGGUUCGGGAGUGAAAAUGGAAGUCCCAAGCUGGGUUUUCCCUGAAGUUUUGCAUGUGUGAGGGAGUGUGAAAACUUGUUUCAAAGCUGAAAAAUCUCUUGCUUGGUUUUUGCCUGCAGCUGAAACUUCCCUUUUUGAAAUGCUUUGUCCAAAUUUCUUCUAACUAAAGGGCUAUAGAAGUCUGAACAUGCCAGCCACGAGCUAAUACUUUCUGCACUAAGUUUUGCCCAUAAUUCCUAGUUAGGAAGAGGGGGCCUGUUUUUCUCAGAGUUAAAAGGCACUCUGUAUAUAAUGAGAGGCACAGAAGGUCUCUAACCGCACUGUCAAAUUUAGAACAUAAGCUCCUCGCAGGCAGAGACCUAAACUUGCCAUUUCACUUGGGAAACUCUGUAAAAUUCCAUAUAAACUGAUGGCAGUGUAGAAACAAUACAUCAUCUUAAAUAUGACGUCUCUGGUCCUUCAAUUGAAGCAUAGAGAUGUAGACAUUGCCAAGAUUUCAAGUGCUGUUGAAGUGGGAUGGGAGUUUUUCCAGGUUCUCCUCCUGCCUACAAACUGUUCCUCCAAUGGGCUGUAUCAGGGGUCAGCAACCUUUUUCAGCCGUGGGCUGGUCCAUCAUCCCUCAGACCAUGUGGUGGGCCAGACUAUAUUGUGGGGCAAAAAAUGAACGAAUUCCUAUGCCCCACAAAUAACCCAGAGAUGCAUUUUAAAUAAAAGGACACAUUCUACUCAUAUAAAAACACGCUGAUUCCUGGACCGUCCGCGGGCCAGUUUGAGAAGGCAAUUGGGCUGGAUCCAGCCCAUGGGCCUUAAGUUGCCUACCACUGGGCUAUAUGCUUGCCUCUUUCUCAAUUUCUCGCUGCGGCAGCAAAGGAUUUCUUAGAAAGGUCCCAGUAAUGACUGUAUAAACCUGGAGGUCUAUCUCCAGGCCUUGUGCCAGCAGUCAGCCAGGUCGGGUACUUGAUGUGACCCCAGGGAUUCAGAAGGGCCCCUCCUUGGCCUGACCCAACCUUGAGUUGGCAGGGCUGUAUAUUUAUUCUGUAGCCUGCAGACCUUGAUCCUAAAGGUUCAGAGUUUAGGAUUGUAAAUUGUAACCUUAGAGCGCAUUAGAUCUCACUAGAUAAAUAGGGUUAAUUAAUGUGGAAUCCUACACUUGCCACCACAGCAGUUGCUAAAACCCAUUUAAAAAUAAUUGCAUCAAAAUACAUCAUACCUACAUCACAGAAAAGGCGGUCUACAGCAGAAAUCUGAGCGCAUUGUUUAUCUCGUCUGACAGGUUACCUGUUUAAUGAUCACUUGAUUGGAUUGCCUGGGGAGCCUGGCCAGUCUUUUGUAAUGAUAAAGACUUAGUUCCUGAGCCAGGUCACAGGCUCACAUCCUAUGCAUAUCUUAAAUGUGCCCUUAAGACAGGAUUUGUGAAGGAAAAGACAAUGGGGAGGCUUUUCCAUUUUCCUUUGACCUUGCAGAGAAAACAUUUGGUCAGUUUGGGAAUCAAAAAUGGUUUCAGGUUGGUCUUCCUGUGCUGAUCUAUGUACGUGCUUGGUUGGUACACUUAUGAACAUUUAACAUAUGUCCAAGACCUCAAAAUUCCUAUCACACUGCAUUGCAGGGGGUUGGACUAGAUGAUCCUCAGGAUCCCUUCCAACUCUAGGAUUCUAUCGUGCACAUGUGACCCCUGCCUUCCAUGGCCUUUUUAUAGGCACAUUGUCAUUGUUUUUCUUUAUAAGACUCAACCUGUGACAUUUUCGUCCUUUCCUAGUUGCCACUUUACCCUCUGGCUGUAGGGUGGCAAGGAUGAAUGAGUUGGCAUCCAUGGGAUUAAGGAGUUCAAAUGCACUUUUAAUUAUCUGACCAUUUUCGCUUUGACAUUUCCUGUGGUUCGCUCCGGGUGCUUUGGCUGGUGAGAUAUGCCGGGAGAAUCCUGUUUCCCCUUGCUGCUGAGAUAGCUGACAUCUCUUUCUGCUACACGUAGCUGCAUUCCAGCAGUUUUAAAAUGCAUCAAGACAUAUGUUGUUGUUGUUUUUUGUUAAACGCAGCCUAUAUACCGUCUUGUAGUUAGCCUUGGAGCAGCUAAAAGCACUGUGUAGAUUUUGGGGCUGCCUGGCCACUUGCUCAACCGCCUCUGAUUUGGGUUGGCGAUGUCAACAUUGGCUUGCAAAGCACCAAAGUGUCGGAGGCUCAAAAGGAAGAUCACAUGCUCUUUUUUCUCUCAAAAGGAAGAGUCCUCAGUUGACUUGCAAUAUUUUUUGCACAUUAAUUCAUACAGUGUGGUGUAGUGGUUAAGAGCAGUAUACUCGUAAUCUGGUGAACCAGGUUCGCUUCCCCGCUCCUCCACAUGCAGCUGCUGGGUGACCUUGGGCUAGUCAUACUUCUCUCUGGAGUCUCUCAGCCUCACUCACCUCACAGAGUGUUUGUUGUGAGGGAGGAAGGGAAAGGGAAUUGUUAGCUGCUUUGAGACUCCUUAAAGCUAAAGGUAAAGGGACCUCUAACCAUUAGGUCCAGCCGUGGCCGACUCUGGGGUUGUGGCGCUCAUCUCGCUUUACUGGCCAAGGGAGCCGGCGUACAGCUUCCGGGUCAUGUGGCCAGCAUGACUAAGCCGCUUCUGGCAAACCAGAGCAGCGCACGGAAACGCCGUUUACCUUCCCGCCGGAACAGUACCUAUUUAUCUACUUGCACUUUGACGUGCUUUUGAACGGCUAGGUUGGCAGGAGCAGGGACCGAGCAAUGGGAGCUCACCCUGUCGCGGGGAUUCGAACCACCAACCUUCUGAUCAGCAAGUCCUAGGCUCUGAGGUUUAACCCACAGCGCCACCCGCGUCCCUUGAGACUCCUUAGGGUAGUGAUAAAGCAGGAUAUCAAAUCCAAACUCCUCUUCUUCUUCAGUGCAAUUUGGGUAUUGUAAAGGGGUAAAGGGGUGGUUGGAGCAGAGGCGCUGUAUUCUAGGGUUGCCAUAUUUCAAAAAGUGAAAAUACUUUUUCACUUUAAAAAAAACAACAACCACCAAAUUUUACACUUACGACAUGGGUUGCCAUACAUCCAGAUUUCCCCGGACAUUAAUGCGAUUUCUGCCUGGACACUGUUUCCGAUGGCCAAAUCCUGGCUAUGUCUGGGAAAUUUCGGAGGUAUAGCAACCCUACUGUAUUUCCCAGAGCAGAGUUUCAAGCCAUGAGCAGUACAGGAUAGGAGGUUUUCAUACAUGCAAAGCCAAAUAAGCCAUGGUUUUUAUUUUUUAAAAAACAUUACUGGUAACCACCAGAGAAAUCUCCUGGCUGCAGGAUUCACAAGAGGCAGAGGUAGCACAGAUAUUUAUUUACUCUGUUUUAUUUUUUUUUAUCCUGGCUUUUCUUCAUGGAACUCAGGGUGUAGUGUACAUGGUUUUCCUCUCAACAACCCUGUGGGGUAGGCUAGACUGAGAGAUACCAGCUGGCCCAGGGUCUCCCACUGAGCUUUGUUGCUGAAUGGGGAUUUCAUCCUAUGUCUCAAAUGUCAGACAUUUUAAUCACUGUGCCACACUGGACAGAUCACUGCUGUGCUAGCUGAACACAGAUAAGACAUGGUGUUUCCAAGCCAAUUGAUUCUCCAACAGGAACCCAGGUAUUGUUCUCCAAAAACAUUCCAAUUUUAACAUUUCAAGCACAUUUAGAAGAAGGUUUGUGGCAUCUGUCUGGGUGCCUCCAGACAGUUACUCUUUUGCAGGAGGGAUUCAAGAACACAUGCUGCGAAUUUAGGUUUGCACAAUUGAAGUAGAUUCAAGCACUCUGUCACUCUAGCACAAAAAAAUGCACUUAGAAACAUUAUAACUGGAUUUUUGCAGUCGAUGAUGUGAUGGGGAAAUGGCACCGGCACCCGCCAUGUGGAACGCCCUCCCGUCAGAUGUCAAGGAAAUAAACAACUAUCUGAGUUUUAGAUGACAUUUGAAGGCAGCCCUAUUUAGGGAAGUUUUUAAUGUUUGAUCUUUUAUUGUGUUUUUAAUGUUCUGUUGGGAGCCGCCCAGAGUGGCUGAGGAAACCCAGCCAGAUGGGCGGGGUAUAAAUAAUAAAUUAUUAUUAUUAUUAUUAUUAUUAUUAUUAUUAUUAUUAUUAUUAGUUUUUGCUGCAAGAGAUUUAACACAGCUCCCCUUCUGGAAAGUAAAUAAAGGGAGUUUUUUUCCCCCAUUCAAAAGGAAGGAGUUAAAAUGAUUAGCUUCUGAGCAUGUGCUAACAGUGGCUACUGGCUUUGGAAGCAUAGCCUGAUGAAAGCCAACCACACAGGAACAAAACUGGCAUAUAUGCUAACAUGUCUCCAGUUUAAUUACAGAGUACAAAUUUCAGGAUCUCAGCUCAGAAUACAGCUCAAUACUGUGAGAAUUCAUAUGCCAAGUCUGUUAUUUCCACUUUGGCAGAAUCACUAAUAUCCGUGUAUUGUGUUCUACCCAACUGAGUCAAUACCCAGAGUAUACCCAUUGCAAUCAAUGGACUUGGAUAACUUGAACUCCUUGAUUUUAAUGGGUCUACUCUGAGUAUUGACUCUGGGGAUCACCCCUUUCUGUAACCGGCUACAGAUUAUUAUGCUCCCAUUUACCAUCCUGAGGUCUAGAAACAUGCCAAAUAUGUCAAACUGUAUUUCAUAUUAUGUAAUGAAUCUGCAUACUCCUUAUAUCUUUGUUCCUCAAUUUUACACAGCCUCCUAGCAUUUCUUCGUGUACAAUGGAUAUAGUUUUCAUUUCCAUGUUCUUUCGCUGGGCGCCCUUUGAACCUUGGCUCUCAAAAGCAGAAGAAAAGUGGAGUAAGAAACAAACUUGUUAUCGCUUGUAUCAAGCGAGUCCUUUAUUUAACUCUGGUAUUUUAUCAGCUCCAAACAGGAAGUUGUUGGUGGCUGCUGAGCUGCUGUAUAUUUGCCAUUUAGCUGAUGAGAGGCGCAUAUCUGAUGCCUUGUGCUUGAUCCCACAAAAGAAAGAAAAUAUAUUUUUUUCAUUUAUAACGUUACAAGCAGCGUUUGAAACUCCCACUGUUCUGGGCGCAUUUUGUGACAGGGAAUUUCAUUAGCGAGAGCAGUUUCUGAGCUCUGGGCGCAGUACUACGCUGAAAAUUUCAGAUCAAAACUGCAGAGUGGAAGGAAAGGAGACCCUUUUUCUGCCUCCCUACUUCCAGCUGCUCUCUGAAGACUGGAAAAGAGACCCUCUUAAGAAUAUUAGUGGGGUGGGCAGGGGAAGAACUAGACCAUGUGAAAAACGAACAUAAUAUUUUAGCUGCAUUUCAUUCAUUUUCAGCAUAAUAUUCAAACAUCAAAAUAACAGGGAAAACUGGAAAAAGGGUUCUUGCAAAACUUUGUCCUUGAUAUGCUAUUUUUUCUGUGUGUAGGUGUUGUAAACAAAAUCUGCCCUUUUUCCUUUAUGGGGUAUCCAAGAGCCCAUAUAGAGUCCUUUAUGUAGGUUCCCUAUUGGUAGGAGAAAAUAACAGAGGCCAACCAGAGAAUAUUGAGAAGCAAAGCAGCUAGUAAGCCUCAUCUUUAUUGAUUUGUUGCAACAGGGUGCUCCCCUCACCACAUGCAGGAGGGAGGAGGAACCUAGAACAAUGGUGCGCAAGGCCUUAUAUAGACAUUUUAAAUUCCCUGCCCUGGAGCUCAAGACCACCCCUCCAAACAUCAUACAUACAUCACAGAAGGCGUGUAACCCAAGACCAUAACCCCCAGAUACAUCAUACCUACAUCACAGAAAAGGCGGUCUACAGCAGAAAUUUGAGUGACUUGUUUAUCUCGUCUGACAGGUUACCUGUUUAAUGGUCACUUGAUUGGAUUGCCUGGGGAGCCUGGCCAGUCUUACUUCCUGAGUCCAGGUCACAGCCUCACACCCUGUUCAUAUCUUAAAACAGGAUUUGUGAAGGAAAAGACAAUGGGGACGCUUUUCCGUUUUCCUUUGACCUUGCAGAGAAAACAUUUGGUCAGUUUGGGAAUCAAAAAUGGUUUCAGGUUGGUCUUCCUGUGCUGGUCUAUGUACAUGCUUGGUUGGUACACUUAUGAACAUUUAACAUAUAUCUAAGACCUCAAAAUUCCUAUCACGUAGGGAUCAGGAGAGAUCUCACCUGAUGCCAUAGCUGUCAACGUUUCCCUUUUUUUAAGGGAAAUUCCCUUAUUCCGAAUAGGAUUCCUCACAAGAAAAGGGAAAAGUUGACAGCUGUGCCUGAUGCAAUGCACCACCACCACUAAUCUACUCCAGUCCAGUAACAGUUUUACCAUAUGACAAAGUAUUAGAGAAUCUCUAAUAUAGUUCAAAUAAAUGGCCUAGCUCCAUGGUUCUUAAUCCCGAGUGAGUAGACCAGGCUGCAGUUACCUGGCAGCGAAGGGAAAUGCACUCCACACAUGCCCAGAGGCAUUGCUUGUUGUUAUUCUUUCAGAUACUCUGGACGCUGGUGAUAGAAACAGAUUCUGGAGCUGAAUUCUGCUGAAUCCUGAUCCAGAUUAAGCCCUGGGGAGAGGAAAUAUCUUUAGCAGGGAUGCUUAAAAGACAUCAGACCCAUAGUGGUAUAUUGUCAGUAAAUAUAGCAGGCAGGAGAGCUUGAAACUUUGUCUGCAUUUUGCUGCUCUUCCUUUCUUAAACAGACACAAGAAGUUUGCUUUGAAGAGAGCCUUUCAUGUGAUGCUCAAAUUGCUGGCGCAAGCUUUGAAACUCUUAAAAUUUCUGUAUGCCGUCUUUAUAUUUAGAGUUACAAAUAUUGCACAUGGGCAAAAGAGAAAGAAAGUUGAACACAUGAUGAGUCACAGGCCACUGCUGUGUCAGGCUUGGCAAAGGAAAUCCUCCUAGUGGUUCUCUUCGCUUUCUGUUCCAACAGCCGUGUUCAAUUAAACACUUCAGACUGGAGGAGAUUGCUCAGCACCAAACCACACACAAUGUGGGAGAUCUAAGACUGGAUCUCCAGGCGUAUCUUCCCUCCCAGCUCUCUAACACACAGAGGAAACUGGUCCCAUAGGCGACUGAUAGGGCAGAAGGUGGGGAGGCCAACAGCAGAUGGCGCCAGAGCUAAUGGCAAACAGCUCAUUCCAGUUUUGUCCCCAUCUUACUCCCAGCUGAACUCUACACGUGCAGCACCAAGACUGUGGAGCGGUAGGCUGAUACUUGGGUACCACACAUAGUUUCUGGGACUACUGAGCAGAGAAUAAGGGCACCUCUGGUUGGCCUGUUUAUUGAGCAUUUAUUCUGAUUUGUUUCUGGGGAGGUUAGAUGAUGUUGUGUCAAACUUGGUGUUAUCCUACACUUUCCAGCUUGCUUUUCCAUUGCUUUCCUUAUCACAAAAACUCUAUUUGUUUGGGGAAGCAGGUUCAUUUCACGAAAGCUCCAAAUCAGCUUGAAUUGCACUGCCUUAAUUUACCAAGUUGUGAUUGAACCCCACCCAAAAUUGCCACAGUCUAGAAGCGCCUGAUAUGAACUGAAUGAGCUGAAUGGAUGAUGACAAAUCAAAGCCAACAGGAUGAAAAGGUGUUUCCUUUCAAUUUCUCCGCAUUCUCACUUUCCCAGCUCUACGAAACUGCGCACAUUGGCGCGAGGUUUAUCUCCUGGCUUCGUGAGAUUUGGUGGCACCAAGACAGACUUCUUGAUCUUUGAUCCUGAAGAGAAACCAACGGCAGAGGAAGAGGUUUGUCAGAAUUUGCUGGCUAAACAAGGUAGGUUGGAGCCAAAAGGUUGCAAGCUGCAGCACACUUACACAUGAGCAAGUCUCACCCAAGCACAGAGUCAGAGUAGAUGGGCAUUGGGUGGCAAAAGCAAUUAUGAAUGCCUUUGAUUUUCAGAGAUGAAAGAGUGAUAGAUUAUGAAGAAUAUUCAGCAUAAAAACUAGUUGACACCACCCUCUAUGCAAAAAGCAGAUUCAUUUUCCAAGUGUGGAUCAUUAUGCAGUCUCAAUGGUAUUGCCUCUACACAAGAGGAAGGUAUCAAAAUGUAGAUACAUGUAGGUAUCAAAAUGUAUGUAUAGGUUGCAGGGGUUGGGACAUGGGUGGCGCUGUGGGUUAAACCACAGAGCCUAGGACCUGCUGAUCAGAAGGUCAGCGGUUCGAAUCCCUGCGACGGGGUGAGCUCCCGUUGCUCGGUCCCUGCUCCUGCCAACCUAGCAGUUUGAAAGCACGUCAAAGUGCAAGUAGAUAAAUAGGUACUGCUCCGGCGGGAAGGUAAAUGGCGUUUCCGUGCGCUGCUCUGGUUCGCCAGAAGCGGCUUAGUCAUGCUGGCCACAUGACCCGGAAGCUGUAUGCCGGCUCCCUCGGCCAAUAAAGCGAGAUGAGCACCGCAACCCCAGAGUCGACCACGACUGGACCACGACUGGACCUGGAUUUAUCUACUUGCACUUCGACGUGCUUUCGUUCGAACUGCUAGGUUGGCAGGAGCUGGGACCCAGCAACGGGAGCUCACCCCAUUGUGGGGAUUUGAACCGUCAACCUUCUGGGUUCUCUUUUGUUCGGGGCUUCCAUCUUGUUUCACCUGGCGGCAGGUGGGAGUCCUGUCGCGACAGUCUUCAAUAAAGACCAAGCCUACUGGCUGCUGUUUUGCUCUGGUAUUCCUGGCUGGUGUCCUUGUUUUUUGUCCAAGGGAGCCCUCAGAUUUCUCCGUUAACAGUACCUAAAACCCUGGAGAGCUGUUGCCAGUCAGAGUAGACAACACUGAACUAGAGAGACCAUUUGUCUGACUCAGAUAUAGGCUCCUCAGGCCUGCCUUGGCUUUCAGGUUACCCCGACACCCGGCACCUUUCGCUUUAGGAAAUUAGGGAGGCAGCUUUUCCGCAAGGAAAACUGAGCACAGGAAAACCUGCUCUCUCCUGAGUUGGCUGAAACAACAAAAGCCAGGCUCCCUCUGUUAGUGGCAUUAAUGGUUGCUAUCAAUCUGUGAGGCCAAGUGGGGGGAAAAAAUAUUAUCUGUUCUAGAACUUCUGCACAGGCUUUUCAUAGACGGGUGUCAGCAGUCCUAUUAUACUAACUGUAAAUGUCAAUUUCAUCCAGUUUCAGGCACUGGGAGCUGCUGACAAGGCUGUAUUCUUACACAGGGCCUCUUGGCGUCUUUCGCAAGGGCCUCCCCCAGGCACUCUGCACACGAGAUAAAGCAAAAUUAACACAAUCCUUGACAGCGCUGCUGGUUCUUUCCAAGACUAUCAGGCAACUGAUACUCUUUGCUAGGGGAUGGUCUUGCCCCGAAGAAUUCGGGAAAAUCCAUAUUGGAUAGGAUUGCGAACUGAAAGAAGUUUUGAUGAGUUUAGAGUCAGAUUUUAGUCGAUGGAUCUAUCGAUUUUUUAAAUUGCAAUUUUUUUGACAUUAUUGCAGCGUCCCAAUACUCGAUUGCAUUUCAUAGAACUGUAAAUAAAUAAUAAACACCCACAAGAUAUUAAAGAGAAAAACAACUACCAGACUUUUAGAAGACAUCUGAAGGCAGCCCUGUUUAGGGAAGCUUUCAAUGUUUAUUUUUUUUUAAAAAAAAUUAGAAUUUGCAUUUUAUUUAUUUGUUAACAUUCUUUUAUUUCAUUGGUAAAUGUCAUAUUACAUUACAGGACUUACUAUAAUAUAAUUUCCAACAUGUAUACAAAAAUUAUAUACAAAUUUUAUAUACUUAGAAAGGAAAUGAAACAAAAAAAAGAAAGAACAAAGAGGAAAAAAAAAACAAUCCCCCCCAAAUCAUAUACAUACCAACACACUAGACUUCCUGUCUAUCCUUUGUAUAUUCCUUUUUUACAAAUGAACGUACUCUUAUUAUUAUAUAUUUCUUUAGGGAAGCUUUUAAUGUUUAAUAGACUAUUGUAUUUUAAUAUUCUGUUGGAGGCCGCCCAGAAUGGCUGGUGAAACCCAGCCAGAUGGGAGGGGUAUAAAUAAAUUAUUAUUAUUAUUAUUAUUAUUAUUAUUAUUAUUAUUAUUAUUGGGAGGGACCCUGAGGGUCAUUAUUCCAGCCUCCUGCAAUACAGGAAUAUGCAAGUGGGCCAUACAGGGAUCGAACCUGUGACCUUGGUGUUUUCAACACCAAGCUCUGGGAUGUCUGGGAGGUUCCUCAUAAGGGAAUACGCCCCUUGGACUUCAAAAGGUUCCCUGUUCCUGCUGGUGAGAUUAUCGCCCUGAAACACUGAUCACUGUUGUGUGUUUUCUUUCUUUCUCUCUCUCUCCUUCUCUCUCUGCUGCCACAGAUGCUGCAGAUGUCUGUGGAUUCAGAUCCACGCCUAUGGAUGUCAUAGAGCAACUGCAGUCUCAGUGGCCUUUCCAGGAAAUGGUCAUCCUCUGGGAAGAAUCCAGGAAGAGGCCCCGAAACACAACCAUUACGCGUAAGACGCCUGCAAUCACCACGCGCUAAUUGGAAGGUCUCUCUCUUCGCUGUUUGCUGAAAAUGACGGGGUCUGGAAACUUAAUGAGCUCUGCUAAUUACCUUUACAUUUAAAGGUAAAGGGACCCCUGACCGUUAGGUCCAGUCGUGGAUGACUCUGGGGUUGCGGCACUGAUCUCGCUUUAUUGGCCAAGGGAGCCGGAGUACAACUUCCGGGUCAUGUGGCCAGCAUGACUAAGCCGCUUCUGGCGAACCAGAGCAGCGCACGGAAACGCCAUUUACUUUCCCGCCAGAGCGGUACCUAUUUAUCUACUUGCACUUUGACGUGCUUUUGAACUCCUAGGUUGGCAGGAGCAGGGACCGAGCAACGGGAGCUCACCCCAUUGUGGGGAUUUGAACUGCCGACCUGCUGAUCGGCAAGCCCUAGGCUCAGUGGUUUAGACCACAGCACCACCCACCCCACCCUUACCUUUAGGGAUAAGCAAACCAAUAGACAAGAGGAGUACAUGUGACUCCUGGCAUAACUGCUGCUCCAAAGGGCCUCCUUGUCAUGUCCUCCCUUGCUGAAUACCCUCCUGCAGCAAUGGCGGGUUCUCUGGUUCUUGCCCCUCUCCUAAUGGAGAGGAAAAGAGGCACCAUCUAUGUAUGCAAGUCGACAAUGGUACUAAAACUGCAAGAACAGGGCUAAGACAAUGAGUAGCUGUUGAGUGUAAGGAAAAAACUGGAUCUGGAGGCUUCCAGAGAACCUGUUUAUUGAGCACAAAAUAGCUGCUCUUUGAAACCUUCUUGUGGCACUCUUCUUGUGGAGCUUUGUGUAUAUCACCAGCUCAUUUGGGGUAGGUGUCUCCUGAAUCUUUCUUUUUAAUUAUUGUUUAACAUCUUUAUUGACAAUUCAAAAAGUACAUAAAUAUAUGUGUACUAAACAUGGUGAGACGUAAAUAAAAGAGAGAGAAAUAAAACAAGAAACAGAACCUGUGUAGAAGGGAAAAUAAAGGGAGGGGUGUGGGAACCCAAAACUGUAUAUCUUACAAAGUUGUUAUUGUGCUUCGCCAGAUCUUAGCCUAUUACAGUGGUGCCUCGCAAGACGAAAAUAAUCCGUUCCGCGAGUCUCUUCGUCUAGUGGUUUUUUCGUCUUGCGAAGCAACCCUAUUAGCGGAUUAGCGGAUUAGCGCUAUUAGCAGUUUAGCGGCUAUUAAAGGCUUAGCGGCUUAGAAAAAGGGGGGGGAGCGAAAAAAAUCGCAAGACUUGCAAGACGUUUUCGUCUUGCAAAGCAAGCCCAUAGGGAAAUUCGUCUUGCGAAGCGCAUCGAAAAACGGAAAACCCUUUCGUCUAGCGGGUUUUUCGUCUUGCGAGGCAUUCGUCUUGCGGGGCACCACUGUACAGUAUUUGUAAGAACGGAUUCCAAAUAUCAUUGAAUUUGUCCAUGGCAAGUCUGCCUUUUGUUCGCAAGUUGUUCAUAUCUUGUGAGUUUGUAUAAGUUUUCAAUCCAAUCGUAGAAGGGAGCCGCAUUUUUAUUUUUCCAAUUCAUCAGUAUCAGUCUUUUUGCUGUGAUAAGGGCACGGAGAGUCCACUCACAUUGUCCUUUUGUAAGGUUCCACGUGCUGGAUAUAUACGUAAUUCAAGAGGAUAUUUUGCUCUGUAAAUGUAAGGGGUAGUUUUUAAUUCUGAAAGUAGAUCGUAGUCUCUUGAGAGUUGGCCACCCUGCUCUUACAGGAAUCAACACCUUUUGUCAUGUUAACGCCUCAAUCCCAGGAGAAGACCUGGGUUGAAAAGGAAGCUUAGCCUAUGCUUUCCCAUUGGCCUGCAAUCUUCUCUUCAAUACUCCACAUAAUCAGAAAUCCUACCGUUUAUUAAUUUAAUUAAUAAUUGGGUCUCCCCCAAUCUGCAACAAAAGAUAUUCUUUUUUAAGAGAAAAAAGAAUAACAAGCAGAAAAUUACAAAUGCUUUUUUCUGGACUCUGGACUGCAAUUAAACUUUACAACAUGUAACCCUAUGCAUUAAUCUUCUUUUCACAACUGUAUAUAACGAACUUCGCAGUUGCUGCUUCCACCCCAAUAUCCACACAUUUGUUAUAUGCUGUUUCAGACUGUGCGAACUUGGGCCAAACUAGAGGAUAAGAAAAAUGUAUAACUGUGGUUCGUGCAAUUUUUAUUAUUAUUUUAAGCAGCCACUGUAGGUCCCUUCCAACUCUACAUUUUUAUGAUUUUGUGAUUCAUCUUCGCUGGUGGACCUUCUCCAGUGAGAUGAUUCUUCUGACCUAGGAUUCCGGUGGGGAGGAGUUUUUUCCUGGGAUUUCCUCCUCGUAACAUGACCCUUUGUCCUUAUUUUCCCACCUGCUCACAGGAAGUACAGUGGAUAUUCUGUACGACUUUGCACGCUGCGCCAAUCUGCACCUGAUCUUUGGACUCAACGCUUUGCUGAGGAGAGGCAACCAGUGGGACAGCUCAAACGCCCAGCUGAUUUUGAAUUAUACUGAAUCCCAGAAUUACGACAUGGAUUGGGAACUUGGGAAUGGUAGGUUUCAGAUUUGAGUGUGCUCUUGUGGUGGCAGUAUGCAAAUACAUAUUGGGGGGGGCAAAGGGGGAGAGGGAAGAAAACUCAUAAGCUCCUCUGCCCUAAAUUCAGCCCUGCAAAAUCACAUGCCAUGUCAAGGAUUUAUUUUUUAUUUUUUUAUUUUUAUUUUUUUAACACAAUGAUUUUAUGCACCCCUCACAGCUUUGUGAAGUGAUGCCUUCAGGACAGAAGACAGCAGCAACAACAAAAUAAAUUGUUACAUCGCUUUGAAAUGUUUAAUGCAGAGCUUUCCAAACAUUUCAUGUUGGUGAUACACUUUUUAGACAUGCAUAAUCAUCAUCUAUUUAUUUAUACCCCACCCAUCUGGCUGGGUUUCCCCAGCCACUCUGGGCAGCUCCCAGCAGAAUAUUAAUUAAAAAAGCGAUAAAACAUCAAACAUUAAAAACUUCCCUAAGCAGGGCUGCCUUCAGAUGUCUUCUAAAAGUCAGAUAGUUGUUUAUUUCCUUGACAUCUGAUGGGAGGGUGUUCCACAGUGUGGGUGCCACUACCGAGAAGGCCCUCUGCCCGGUUCCCUAUAGCUUCACUUCUCGUAGUGAGGGAACUGCCAGAAGGCCCUCGGAGCUGGACCUCAGUGUCCGGGCAGAACGAUGGGGUGAAGACACUCCUUCAGGUAUACUGGACCAAGGCCUUUUAGGGGUUUAAAGAUCAGCACCAACACUUUAAAUUGUGCUCAGAAAUGUACUGGGAGCCAAUGUAGGUCUUUCAGAACCACUAUUAUAUGGUCUCAGCAUCAUUUUGCGACACUGUAAUUCAGUUUUAUUAGCAAACCGGAGGUUAAACUAACCCAUUUCUAGCCCUGGGAGGACACAUUCAUGUCUCUCAACACACAGCUCUGGUUUAAUGGAAAGCAAUUCAGUGAAAGAAAGGGAAAAAAUCCAUCACAGUUUAGAUGCUCAGGUAAUCUGAGAUACCGCCUUACCCCUUAGAUAAAACUGAGUCUCACGUAUCUUUAGUUCCAAGUGUUCCUUUGGAAUAGUAAAGUUUGAUAUUUAACAUUCUGUACUUCUGGUUGAUUACUGCCACUGUGCAAAUUCUGAAUGAGUCACACAGCUUUGAGAGCCAUCUAAGGAUGUUUACGCUUUCUACAGAGCCCAACAGCUUCAGGAAGAAGUCUGGCAUUUAUAUCGAUGGCUCCCAGCUAGGACAGGACUUCAUACAACUACGUCAGCUGUUGGACAGCUACAGCAGCUACAGAAAUGCCAAGCUCUAUGGGCCUGAUGUAGGUCAACCUCGGAAGCACACUCAGAAGUUGCUAAGGAGGUAAAAUUAAAAUCACCAGCAUCAUUUGACUUGAUAGAUCAACAAUGCAAUAUUCUGCCCCACUUCAGAACAUAACAAAUAACCAUUGUUGGCUUUAGCCGUGAUUUGUUGCCUUAAUGCUGAUUGAGAUUGCUAGGCCUGGGCAGGGUGCAAUUUUCUUUGCAGUUUAGAUAAAAUGUUGUUUCUGAGACAAAAUGGACAAGGUUACAGUAGAGCAGAGCAGCAAAACCACAGACCCAAUACUGAUCUGGAUGUCUAAAAAGUAUAAUACGGAGUAUAGCUAAUCAUUCUAAGGCAGCUUCCUAAAUUUAUAUGUUCCAACGUCUGUUUUGCUGGAUUACAGUUCCCACAGUUUUGUAGCUCCCUUAGAAUUUGAGGAAAAGCAGAGGAGGUAGUAAAUUUAACCCUUGUUGUUUUGCAGCUUCCUGAAAUCAGGAGGAAAAGUAAUUGAUUCUGUCACAUGGCAUCAGUAAGUACUGAGUUCAUAUUCAGCAACUCGUUGCCCAGGCAUUACGGCAGCAUGUGUCAAAACAUUUACCAGAAACUGCGGGAGGAAACAGUGCUGUUGUGCUCAGGUCUUUUUGGGGGAACUGUCCUGCCAUUUUGAAAGCAAGAUGCUGAACAAAAUGGAUGCUUUGCCUGAUCCAGCCGGGCUUUUCUUAGCAUACGCCUAGUUCAGAGAAAUAUUAAGUCGAUGAUAACUGCGGAGAAAAUAUGAAGAAAACCAGGAGGAAAACCAUUUUGUUUUUGUUUGUUUCUAAAAGUAUGUACUGUAUUUUUCGCUCCAUAGGGCGCCCUGGACCAUAGGGCGCACCUAGUUUUUAGGGAGGGGGAAUAAAGAAAAUAAAAUUAUUCCCCCAACCCCAGCCCCCAGAACAGGUAGCUAUCCGCAAGCCUUCCGAGUGCAGCGGGAACUCCCGCCGGGCUCCGAAGGCUUGCGGAUAGCUGCCUGAAGCCUGGAGAGUGAGAGGGGUCAGUGCGCACCGACCCCUCUUGCUCUCUAGGCUUCAGCGAAAGCCUGCAUUCGCUCCAUAGGACGCACACACAUUUCCGCUUCAUUUUUGGAGGGGAAAAAUUGCGUCCUAUAGAGCGAAAAUUACUGUAUAUGCUGCCCUCACAAAAUAUUAGGCUAGUGUAUUAAAACAUAAAAAACCAUUAAAAGCACUACAGAACAAUCAUUGAAAUGACUGGCUACUCAAGAAUGUAUCAUAGAAUAGACUCAUAGAAUUGUAAGGGAUCCUGCGGGUCAUCUUGUCCACCCCUCUGCAAUGCAGGAAUCUCAGCUAAAGCAUCCAUGACAGAUGCUUGAAAGUCAGAAAGCAAGGGUGCCUGUCACUUCUCUGCUAGGAGAGUGUUCCACCGUGACAUUAAAUGCCCGACUUCUUGUUGAGGUCAUUUGGGCUUCUGUAACAAAAUGGACACCUAACAGCUCUCUUCCAGGUGAUCUCUAAUAGGACUUAUGCACCCAAAUUGUGCAGGACUUCUUGUAUCAACACAAGAGCCUUUUCCAGCACCGGUGUAAAUUAUGGGUGGACUUACGUCAAAUGUCUCGAUUUUGCAGCUAUUAUCUGAAUGGCCGAACUGCUACCAGAGAGGAUUUCCUGAGCCCUGAUGUGCUGGACACUUUCAUUACAGCCGUCCAAGAAGAACUCCAGGUAAUCGGGAGUCUGUGUGGGUGGCUGGGCAGCUCAUCUAUUCCUCCUAAUUUAAAGUUGCCAAUCUCCCAGGCUCAAGUCCCUGAAUUGACGCACCUUUAUAUGCUUUGAUUUCACAUUCUCUAGCUUGUUGACGACACUGUCCCAGGCAAGAAAGUUUGGCUGGGAGAAACUAGUUCAGCCUAUGGAGGGGGUGCUCCUCAGCUGUCCAAUACGUAUCUCGCUGGUUUUAUGUAAGUAAAAUAAUAUACGUUCCUACGAGCUCUGCUUCCUUCUGUGGAAUACCGGGAUCUUGUUGCGUGUCAAGACCCCGUAGCCACCCCCUUGUAACACGCACAAGGACACGGAUAUUAGGUUUAUGUUACUGGGCAAAUUUGGCCACAACUUUAUUGAUUACAGAAUGUGAGCUGUAUUGGCUUAGGCAUUGAAUGGACCCGACUAUAUCUGACUCCUGCCUGAUGCGCAGGAAGUCCGGUAAGGGUAAACCACCGGAAGGGAGAGCCCUGUCGAUGCAGACCAACUCAAGCUCCCCCUGGUGUUCCUGUCGGGGUUGUGUCAUGGCCCUAGCCCCCGACCCGGGCUUUGGACAAGAUCAACACCCCCAGAUUCCUUUAACGGAAUACCCUUAAGCUUGGAGGGGCAGGUGAUGGCCACACCUCCCCUCCCCCACCACAAGGUCAAACAAUGCCUAACCGCAACCCUAACAAAGUUGUGACGAUUGCUACGACGUAGGCAAAAACCACAUGGCCAGUGCCAAUUUGCCAAGUGGAAAAAUUCCUACCAGGCCCCUCAAUGGCGACCAAGCGAGGUCCACAACAAGGCCAGUGCCUAAACCUGCAAAAUAGGGAGGGAAGGUGGGUGAUUGAGGAAGUGAGCCAAAGAGGAAGCCCUCUAGCUCGCACCUCUGAUUUAAACAGUCCCAGCCACACACCCCCGGCCAGUGGAUUGGCUGGCCGGGCUCUGACAUGACCGAGAUCCCCCGGUGGGGAGUGGGUGGCCACAUGGUCCACCGCAACUCCUCCCCACUGGGAAAUGGAGCGGAUUUCUCUACCAAUGCCCUAGAAGCCCUUCCUUUGAUCAAACAGGAGAAGCUGUUGUGAUCAUUGAUGCCCAUAAAGCUAUCCAUGUCUAGUAGCUAUGGUGGCUAUGUUCUUCCUCCAUAGCUAGAGGCAGUAAUGUUUCUGAGUACCAGUUGCUGGAAACCACAGGAGGAAAGAGGGCUCUUGUGCUCAGGUUUUGCUUUUAAGCUUCCCAGAGGCAUCCGGUUGGCCAUUGUGAGAACAGGAUGCUAGACCAGAUGAGCCAGUGAUCUAAGCCAGCAGGCUCCUCUUACGUCCUGAUCUGCUUGCACAACCCCCCAACACAUCAGUGGGAAGCACAUAAAACAUUCUGCCCCUUCCCCGCUCCACCCUUUAGUGGUGUUUUAGGGUCUUUUCCAGGUCCGGUGCCAUGCGCAUGUGCACAAUUAUGCGCCAGUCGGUUGUUGACUGUACAACCACGAGCGUUCAUCCUGAAUCCAUCCAGAUUUGUUGACAUGGUUCUUCCCCUUGCCCACUCCGUUUCCGUGCAUUUCCCAAUCACUUCCCUAACCACAAAAAGUCAGUUUCUUUUCACCCAAGUUUCCUAGCAUUUGCUUGAAUCUCUCCCAUGAAACACUGACAUUCUGGAGGUUUCCUAAUGUUGGCAUUGACCGGCAACAUCUGGUGGUGUCUAGGAACUCACCAUGCCAUAUGGCAAAUCAGAAAGGAGAUGAAUUAGAUACCAGGACUCGUUUUAUUUAAGACCAAACCCAAAUCCUCCCCCCCUAUUGUGGAGCCCAUUUAUCCUCCUGUAUGAGGAAUCAAACUUUGAUGCUUUUGAAUUAUGGUGCUGGAGGAGACUCUUGAGAGUCCCAUGGACUGCAAGAAGAUCAAAUGCAUCCAUUCUGAAGGAAAUCAGCCCUGAGUGCUCACUGGAAGGACAGAUCGUGAAGCUGAGGCUCCAAUACUUUGGCCACCUCAUGAGAAGAGAAGACUCCCUGGAAAAGACCCUGAUGUUGGGAAAGAUUGAGGGCACAAGGAGAAGGGGACGACAGAGGACGAGAUGGUUGGACAGUGUCCUCGAAGCUACAAACAUGAGUCUGACCAAACUGCGGGAGGCAGCAGAAGACAGGAGUGCCUGGCGUGCUCUGGUUCAUGGGGUCACGAAGAAUCGGACACGACUAAACAACUAAACAACAACAACCCAGUACCUGACAGGGAUGCAGGUGGCGCUGUGGGUUAAACCACAGAGCCUAGGAUUUGCUGAUCAGAAGGUUGGUGGUUCGAAUCCCCGCAACAGGGUGAGCUCCCAUUGCUCGGUCCCUGCUCCUGCCAACCUAGCAGUUCGAAAGCACCUCAAAGUGCAAGUAGAUAAAUAGGUACCAGUCCGGCGGGAAGGUAAACGGCGUUUCCGUGUGCUGCUCUGGUUCGCCAGAAGCGGCUUAGUCAUGCUGACUACAUGACCCGGAAGCUGUAUGCCUGCUCCCUCGGCCAAUAAAGCGAGAUGAGAGCCACAACCCCAGAGUCGGUCACGACUAAUGGUCUAAUUAGUCUGGACUAAUGGUCAGGGGUCCCUUUACCUUUACCUUUACCCAGGACCUAUGAUGGCAGCAUGUUGAACUGCUGUGCAACUGAGAAAGUUUCAUAAGGUGACAGUAACAGAAGCUGGUCUGCUUAGAUAUCUCAUCAUCUGUUUUGUUUCUCUUAUGGAAAAAAGCCACUAAGGGAAUUUGGGAUCUGUGGGUCUGCAUACUGCUGUGAAAUUCUGUAUUGAAGGACAGGCACUUCAAUUUAAGGACCUCUCAUGUCCCUGCCAAGAACUGAGAAUGCUUUUCUACAGCGUUCUCUCUGCUCCUCUCAACUACUUAUUAAAGGUCAUGGUCACAAUGCUGCUAGAAAGAACACCUGCCUUUUCUGACCUUAUAACUAUUGAAUAUAUAUAUAUUUUAAAGCACCACUUCUUAGGUUUGCAUCAGCUCUUGUUUCUGCCUUGCACGUAGAACAAAACAUCACACCUCUUUAGUUAGAACAGAUGCCACUCCCAAUUCUUUUCAGGUUGCUUGAAUUGAAGUUUUCUUUAUUUCUUGCUCUCCCCCCCCCCUACUUUUGUUAUGCAGGUGGCUGGACAAACUUGGUCUGUCUGCCAAACUGGGCAUUGACGUGGUGAUGAGACAGGUUUUGUUUGGAGCAGGAAGCUAUCAUCUGGUGAACGCCAGCUUUGAACCUUUGCCAGUACGUAUACCUCUAAUAAUAAAUAUAAUAAUAAUAAUAAUUUAUUAUUUAUACCCCGCCCAUCUGGCUGGGUUUCCCCAGCCACUCUGGGCGGCUUCCAACAGAAUAUUAAAAUACAAUAACCUAUUAAACAUUAAAAGCUUUCCUAAACAGGGCUGCCUUCAGAUGUCUUCUAAAAGUCUGGUAAUUGUUGUUCUCUUUGACAUCUGGUGGGAGGGCGUUCCACAGGGCGGGUGCCACUACCGAGAAGGCCCUCUGCCUGGUUCCCUGUAGCUUUGCUUCUCGCAAUGAGGGAACCGCCAGAAGGCCCUCGGCACUGGACCUCAGUGUCCGGGCAGAAUGAUGGGGGUGGAGAUGCUCCUUCAGGUAUACUGGACCGAGGCCAUUUAGCCUUUAAAGGUCAGCACCAACAAUGAACAGUGAAUAAAACAAUUAACAGGGUGGUGAUACAAUGAGUCCUGCAAUCGACACAAGAUAAUAUCACCAUGGCAAGUAUCUGUAAACAAACAAUAAGCGUCCAUAAAAAUGGCAAAAGUAGCUUCUUUCCCAAAUAGGUUUUAUCUUAAACAAUAGCAAACACAGUAAAUACGUUUGUAACAGUAUGUAGACAGUAUGUAAACGACUUAAAGCAGGGGCAUAUCUGUCCCUAUCUGCAUUUUUCCAUCAGGAGAAGCAUCCGUCAAGGAGGUUUAGCAAAAUGGAGGACAUCAUCCUCUUUCUACGCUCAUCCCUCUUUGUGUGCUUUAAGUUGUUUACAUACAGUCUUCACUUGACUAAGCUCUUCAGUGACGAAACGUCGGAUUACCAGAACAACGUCCAAGCACUGAAUCACUGGUACAGUAGUACCUCAGGUUACAUACGCUUCAGGUUACAUACGCUUCAGGUUACAGACUCUGCUAACCCAGAAAUAGUGCUUCAGGUUAAGAACUUUGCUUCAGGAUAAGAACAGAAAUCGUGCUCCAGCGGUGCGGCAGCAGCGGGAGGCCCCAUUAGCUAAAGUGGUGCUUCAGGUUAAGAAGAGUUUCAGGUUAAGAAUGGACCUCCAGAACGAAUUAAGUACGUAACCAGAGGUACCACUGUUUAUCACAAGUAGACUCUUCAUUACUGCAUUUGCAGUUGUUCCAACAUAAAAUCUAUUUUGGAAAGGGAAGAAAUGAGCACUGAGCCACUGAUAUAUUUAUUACAAGUGAACUCUUUAUCUACUGUUGUUUAAGAUAAAACCUAUUUGGGAAAGAAAUUACUGUAUAUUUCUGUGUAUAACACGCCCUCAUGUAUAAGACGCCCCCCUAUUUUGGAGGACUCCAAAAGUAAGAAAAAGGGGGGAGAUUGCCCAGAGUUGCUGAGCUUUUUUGGGGAGGAUUGCCCAGAGUUGGUGAGGGGUUUUUUUUGGGGGGGGGUGCCAGCAGAAGCCACCAAUCGCCCGCCAAAUUGCCACAGCAACAGCUAAUCAGCACCAGCCCUUGCUGCAGCCACCAAUAACACGCCCAAUAGCCGCUGACAAUCUCCGACUCGUGGCAGCAACCAAUCCCACGUCCCCACAUGCACUAUCCAUGUAUAGUCAUACCUCGGGUUAAAUAUGCUUCAGGUUGAACGUUUUCAGGUUACGCUCCGCGGCGACCCAGAAAUAACGGAAUGAGUUACUUCCGGGUUUCGCCGCUCGCGCAUGCGCAGAUGCUGAAAAUGACAUCACGUGCAUGCGCAGAAGCGGGGAAACGCGACGUGCAGUCGCGUGUUACGUUCUACUCAGGAUGCAAACGGGGCUCCGUUCGCAUCCAGAGGUACCACUGUAUAAGACAACCCCAAAUUUUUAACAGAAUUUUUUUAAAAAAUAAACCCUCAUCUGAUGCACAGAAAAGUAUGGGACUUUUGCCAUUUUUAUGGACGUUUAUUGUUUGUUUACAGAUAGUUGCCUUGGUGAUACUAUCUUAUGUCGAUAGCAAUUCGUAUACCUCGGCAGAGGAAGCGGCAAAGGUGCAAGGAGGGAGUGGGUGGGUGAGUGGGUGGCAAGCAGCGACGGCGGGGUUGGGUGGGCAUGGUGCAUGCUAACACAUAUUUUGCUUCAAUAAAAUAAAAUAAAAUAAUCCCACUGAUUAUUACCAUUAUUAUUUUUUCAAUUUCUUAACUGCCUUUCACCAUAAGCUCUCGAGGCAGUCAGGUCAUGGCAAUUUAAAUUCAAAAUUCAAAGCAGUUUAAAAUAAAUGAUAGGAAAAGGAAAAGGCUGGGUACCUAAUAGGGGCGAAUUGCCUUCUGUGCUUUUGAUUCCAUCUCGCUCCUGCUUAUCCACCAACUCUUUGCUGGUUACGUUUCUUUAACAUGUUUUUGCUAUGCAUAAAAGCUGUCUUCUUUUCCCAUGUAAACAGGAUUAUUGGCUUUCUCUGGUAUACAAGAAACUAGUGGGCGCCAAAGUCCUGCACGUCAGCCUGUCGGGUGAAGACCCAAGGAGGCUUCGAGUGUAUCUUCACUGUACAAAUGAGCACCAGUAAGCAUUCAAGCAAAUGCCUAGUAGACUCUGAAGACCUUUUGGGAAAGUAACCCAGUAUUGUACUUUCACUUAAGGGGAGAGACGGUUUGGAAAAGGUGCAAGGGCCCUGGUACACUAGCUCUGGUGCAGCAAAGCACGCUAGUGCAAUUGCACCAAAGAAUUUGAAGCUUUGUACAUGUCGAGUGUAGAUAAAGAAAAGUGGGGCAGAAUGAAAGGAUGCAUAGCUGUCAACCGUCCCUUAUUUGGCGGGAAACUCCCUUAUCCCAGCGCCAUGUCCCGCUGCUGUCCCGGAUUGAUGAUAUCCCGUAAAUUUCCCGGGUUUCAAAGGAAGCAGCUCCUCUCCCUCCCUCCCUGCCGGCCAGGGAGGAGGGAGGCUCCAACUGUGUUGCUUGGCUGUGUUGCUCACCCAAUAAGGAGUCUAAGAAUGACUGGGGGGUGGAGCCUGCAUGCCUUGUGCCAAUCAAAUCGGCCGCGUUGCCUGGGGACUCGCCUUUGCUCAGCACUUCCCAGUGGAGAGGUGACGGUGGUUUUCCUUGCUGCAUCCCCUUUGCCGGGUUGCUUCGCUGUGAGAACCACCGCUUGAGGCUUCGUUUGGCUGCUGGCUGGGCUUUCUGCCUUUGGCUCGGAGGACCUCAGAACUUGAACAUACCUGUGCUCAGAAAAUCCCUUAUUUUGGCUGCUGGUCCCUUAUUUUCAAAUCUGUAAAUUGACAGCUAUGAAGGAUGGCAGUGAAGACACAUAAAGUCUCCCCCCCAAAUUCCAAAAGGAAUUAGGAAUCCUCGCUUUGCAAAUGCUUUUCUAGGCUAGGAUCCUGGUAACUCGCGGGGCAAUUUUUAGCAGAUGCUAGCAAAAUGCCUGUCACUAAGGCAGGAAACGUGUGUGUGAAGCACGGCCCCACAUAUUGCUCACCCAGAGUGUCCCCAUGGAUGGAGAAUGGAGUUUGCCCUGCCCUAUGCAUUUUGCUCCGAGUGUGGCACCUCCUAACCCAGGCCCUUGGCAGGGGCGGACUUUGUAAUCUUUUGCAAUACGGUGCCCUGUGCAAGGCCGAAAUUGGGUGCCGUUGCCAUUAUAAGAGAACAAGGGAGGUGUUUACAGUGAGUUCCGGCACCUCUUUUUCUAGAAAAAUGGAACUGGCUGGUUGUAUUUAUUGAUUGGGGGUUUUCUUUCCCCUUCAGACUUCUCUAAAUGCAAAACAUAAAUGCAAAGAUUUCUGUGCUUAAAAUACUGCAGUUGUGCAUUUCCUCUGAUAACGUCUGAGACCUGCAGGCUAUAGGGCGGUACACAAAUUAAACAAACAAACAACAACUUUUGUACCUCACCAGGAGGAAAUGCUCAUGUCAAACAGAAUGCCCUUAUUUUCAUCUGAGGAAUGUUGGAGUGUCUACUAUAUAUUAUCUAGUAUAUCCUUUUAACAGGCUGCUUCAUGUUUUCCUUCCAGCCCGAAGUACAGAGAAGGGGAUAUCACCUUAUUUGCCUUGAACCUCUAUAACAGCACAAAACACUUGCAGUUACCUUCUUCCUUCUCCAGCAGGCAAAUAGAUGAAUAUCUUUUACUGCCUCACGGAGAAGACAGCAUACUUUCCAAGUAAGCAAUUCCAACUUUUCUUGCCUUUCUAAAUAUUAUUUGUUUAAUAUGAGCUUUAAAAACUUGGGAUUUUCAGAGGAGACCCUUUUCAUUCACUUUCAAAUGUUGUUCGGGUUAGGGUUAGGGUGCUAGCAAUUUCUUUUAACCCCCUGUAUCCGACUCUUUGAUUUGUAGAUACUGGACAAAUGAGGUACCUCGAUUGGGAAACUUUUGUUAGGCUGUGUCCUCAUAAUACAGAGGUCAGCAACGUUUUUCAGCCGUGGGCCGGUCCACUGUCCCUCAGACCAUGUGGUGGGCCGGACUAUAUUUUGAAGGGGGGGAGGGAAAUGAAUGAAUUUCUAUUUGGAAUGAAUGAAUUCCAAAUAACCCAGAGAUGCAUUUUAAAUAAAGGCACACAUUCUACUCAUGUAAAAACACCAGGCAGGCCCCACAAAUAACCCAGAGAUGCAUUUUAAAUAAAAGGACUUUGCUUUCUUGCAUUUCUUUUUCAUUGGGAUGGUUUUCGUUGCUGCCUCCUGUAUAAUGCUGCGAGCCUCCACCCAUAGUUCUUCAGGCACUCUGUCCACCAAAUCUAAAUCCUUAAACCUGUUCCUCACUUCCACUGUGUAUUCAUAAGGGAUUUGACUUAGAUUGUAUCUUACCGGCCCAGUGGUUUUUCCUACUUUCUUCAGUUUAAGCUUGAAUUUUGCUAUAAGAAGCUGAUGAUCUGAGCCACAGUCAGCUCCAGGUCUUGUUUUUGAUGACUGUAUAGAGCUUCUCCUUCUUUGGCUGCAGAGAAUAUAAUCAAUCUGAUUUCGAUGUUGCCCAUCUGGUGAUGUCCAUGUGUAGAGUCGUCUCUUGUGUUGUUGGAAAAGCGUGUUUGUGACAAAGAGCAUAUGAGGGUUCAAAAGGGAUUGAAGCUCUUUGUGUAACACACACACAAAGACAACCUAAUGCUCUGAAAUAUACAUAGAUGGUAGAGUUCCCUGUUAUUUAAAGCCGUUCUCAUGAAAUAAUUAAAAAAUACAUUUUGAAACUUCAUCAGUUAGAGAUACCAUUUUGUAUUACAGAAUUGUCUUUGUUUUAAAAUGGUCUCUUGAAAACAAAUGCAACAAAACCUUAACCAGGUUUAUUGUUUGAGGAGGACAAAUUUUGUGUCUAAAAUAUACAUUCUUUCCUCUCGCAGAUCCGUGCAGCUGAACGGUCAUGUCUUAAAAAUGUUGGAUGAUGAAAUAUUGCCCACUCUCAGGGAAAAGCCUCUCAGUCCAGGAAGCCGCCUUGCACUUCCAGCUUUUUCAUAUGGAUUCUAUGUAAUAAGGAAUGCAAAGGUGCGGGCUUGCAUUUAGCAACUCAGCUCACGUUCCCAAAAUCGAGUUGGUGGCCAACAUGGUGUCAAGACAUUCAGCUGCUCCAGAUAGUUUGGUGGCAGAAACAAAGCAAGUCAAGAGUGAAGGGGAACAUCCCUCCAUCCUGGCCCCCAUUUUUAUUUUAACUUUCCACUUGUAACAUUUACCUAAGAACUUUGUUUCAGCCACUGUUUCCCAAGAACGAAAGCUCUGCUUAAGGAGGGAUUCCAGUUAGAGAUGCAAAGAGAAUGGAUGUCAAACAGCAAGUCGCAAAAUUAAUGGCGUAGGUUCUCAGCGACGUCUACACUGGCUUGGUCAUGUACACAGAAUGGAAGGUGGCAGGAUUCUGCUGCACAGGGAGCUGGCUUAAGGCACUAGGUCUGUUGGCAGCCCAACUCUGUGUCACAAAGAUGUCUGCAAACAUGGCACGAAGGCUGGCAACAUCAACCCCACCGUGUGGGAAUACUUUGCAGGCAAUCGCAGUGCCUGGAGACAGACAGUCAGGUUGUGCAUCCAUAGCAGUGGUCAGAGAAGGAAUGACCUCUGGGAGGCAAGAAGAAGAAGAAGAAGAAGAAGAGGAGUUUGGAUUUGAUAUCCCGCUUUAUCACUCCCAGAAGGAGUCUCAAAGCGGCUAACAUUCUCCUUUCCCUUUCUCCCCCACAACAAACACUCUGUGAGGUGAGUGGGGCUGAGAGACUUCAAAGAAGUGUGACUGGCCCAAGGUCACCCAGCAGCUGCAUGUGGAGGAGCGGGGAAGCGAACCCGGUUCACCAGAUUAUGAGUCCACCGCUCUUAACCACUACGCCACACUGGCUCCCAGUAGAGAGACGCUAUGGUGCACCUGCAGCAAGACAACCGGAUGCCUUCAUCUGCUCCACCUGCAAUAAAAGACCAUAUCAGUCUUCACAGCCCUACCAAGUGCUGUAAUUCUCCAACAGUUUAACUUUCUUCCCAAAGGUGAGACUCUUCCAUUAUCUCCAGAGGCAGACGGAUUCCAACAACAACCCUUUGAGCAUCUGAGGAUAAACAGGGAAACGGACCAUUUGAGUGACAUCAGGGAAAAGCAAUCUUGAGGAUAACAGAAGAAUAAGCAAAAUAAAAAAAUUCCUUCCAGUAGCACCUUAAAGACCAACUAAGUUUGUUAUUGGUAUGAGCUUUUGUGUGCAUGCACACUUCUUCAGAUACACUGAAACAGAAGUCACCAGAAGAAUAAGCAAGCAGGUUACUGGCACAGCCAAGGAGAAGCAGAAUAUAAGAGCUGUUGGCCAGCCAGCCUGGAAAUUUUUACGGGGCUUCUGUUAGGCUAGCACCAAAAAGAGCAGACAAGCUCAAGCAUUCUCAGGGAGUCUUGUAUUCUAUGACAGGGUAGCAAUCAGGAAGGAUUCCGCUUCGUGAUUUCUUAUAAAUCAGUUGUAGCACUUUUGCAAAUGUGUCUGGCACACUUGCAUGCUGCCCACCAGCAAACUAGACCUCAUCCAGGCCAGUCCGUUAGCUGACAUCUGCUGGGUCAAACAUACUAGCAAGAUCAGCAUGGGAGAAGCAGCAACCAUCAUAGCCACAAAUCCCAUUGACAGCAGGUUCCCUUUACACAGUACUUUGUGGGCAUUUCUGGCUUCGAAGCUACUGUUGCUAAGGAAGCUGUUUUAUGGAAGGUACCCAGUUUCCUUCCCCCCCACCCAAUAUGCACAGAGUAAAACCAUUUCCCCCCUUCAUUAUAGACAUACGACCUACAACAAAAUGUUUACAGUGUGACACAUUCCUGCUUGGGUUGCAGACAUUCUGUUCCCAGUUCCUAACUUUUCAUUUUUUCCUUGCCCUCCCAACACACACAACACACAACACACAUACACACAAAACAUUUCAUGCCCUUUGAGCAUGCUCAGUUGUCCCUGGGCAUUUUGGAGGGCCUGAAAAAUCCUUUUUGUACUUCUGCAAAUGUUGGCAUUCCUCCACAUCUGCAGGUAACUCCCUUUUGUGUGGGGGUAGGGUCAUUUUGACUGCAUAUAAGCCAGGGAUAGUCAACAGGGUGCCCUCCAGAUACUGCAGACUGCAGCUCCCAUUGGCCCUAGACAGCAUGGCCAACAGGCAAGAAUCAUGGGAGCUGUGGUUCCAUCCCUGACAAGCGAUUGCAGUCAAGAGAAUUGAGAUUGCUAUUAGGCAACAAAGGCAAAAGGGUUAUAGCUCAUGAUUAUGAACCCAUGCUUUGCAUACAAACAGCGCCCAGUUUAUUCUCUCUCACCUCCACAUGGAGCUGCUGGAAACUCCUGUCUGAAGCUCUGGAGAGAUGUGGGGAAACCUGUGGCCCUCCAGGUGUUGCUGGUCUCCAGGUUCCAUCAUCCCUAAUCCUUGGUCACACUGGCUGGGAUUGAUGGGAGCUGGAGUCCACCGACAUCUAGAGGCCACACGUUGGCUUCAGUGAACCUGACGGCACAAUGGUCAAACUCAGGAUAAUGUUCCUAGAUUUUGGCAUGCAGCUUGCCAAAAUGCAAUUCUAGGCAACUUUAUUGUACUUCGCUUUGAUGUGUGUUCAUGUGUUUUGGUACCUGCAUGUUUUUGAAAUAAACUAAUUUAUAUUAAGCGUUUGCUGUUGUGAAUGUUUGGCUUUUUAGUUGUCACAUAGCCUCCUUGGUGCUAAAGGGGCUGUUGAAUAAGCUCAGGAGUUUCCUACAGGAAUGUAGGUGCCACAUUUAAAAACCAUAUAGCUUGAUCCUGAACACGUUCAUAAAGGAACUCCCACCCCAUGAGCACACUAAUACCCCCCAUAGCACAAAGACAGGAUCCUAUCACUUUCCCUUUUACAGCAGAUGGCAUACCUCCCAAAAAGAAGUUACUGUUGGGAUUGCAGCUAAGAUAAGAGCCAGCAGGUGGUGUCAUUAUCCCAACUUUUUUAAAAAUAAAAACAACAAAUGUUUUGACCCCCAUGCGCACUACAACAGUGUCAAAAGCUAGUAACCUAGCUUCCUCAUGGUUACUGCAUGGUAGGUAAAGGUAUAGCACCCCUAGACGGUUAAGUCCAGUUAAAGGCGACUAUGGGGUGUGGCGCUCAUUCGCUUUCAGGCUGAGGGAGCUGGCGUUUGCCCACAGAGCUUUCUGGGUCAUGUGGACAGCAUGACUAAACCGCUUCUGGUGCAACAGGACCGUGAUGGAAGCCAGAGUGCACGGAAACGUCGUUUAGCUUCCCACUGCAGCGGUACCUAUUUAUCUACUUGCACUGGUGUGCUUUCAAACUGCUUAAGUUGGCAGGAGCUGGGACACAGCAAUGGGAGAUCCCAGGGAUUUGAACCGCCAACCUUCUGAUCGGCAAGCCCAAGAGGCUCAGUGGUUUAGACCAUAGUGCCACCUGCAUUUCUGCUGCAUGGAGGAGCACUCUUCCACAAUGAAAGGUGGAAUAAUGUUUUCCACAAGCAUUUAAAGGUUGAACCAGAAGGCAGCUUCUGAAUGUCUAUUUGAAGAGCAUACCAUUCCACGGCAUUGGGCCAAUGACCCUAAGGCUCUGUUUUACAUCGAUGUCAAAUGAGCCUCGCCAAUCCAAGGGCCAACCAACAACACUCCUGCUGGUGAUCGAGCUGGGAUGUAAGGGUUUAGGCCCUCCCUAAGGUACCUUGGAGGGGACGGGGUGGCGCUGUGGUUUAAACCACUGAGCCUAGGGCUUGCCGAUCAGAAGGUUGGCAGUUCGAAUCCCCGCGACGGGGUGAGCUCCCGUUGCUCAGUCCCUGCUCCUGCCAACCUAGCAGUCCGAUAGCAUGUCAAAGUGCAUGUAGAUAAAUAGGUACCGCUCCGGCAGGAAGGUAAACAGCGUUUCUGUGUGCUGCUCUGGUUCGCCAGAAGCGGCUUAGUCAUGCUGGCCACAUGACCCGGAAGCUGUACGCCGGCUCCCUCGGCCAAUAAAGCGAGAUGAGCACCGCAACCCCAGAGUCGGUCACGACUGGACCUAAUGGUCAGGGGUCCCUUUACCUUUACCUUUAAGGUACCCUGGACCUAAGUUGUCCCCGACCAUCCAAAUCUUGGUGGUCACAUUCUGCACUAGCAGGAGUUUCUGACCGAGCAUCAAAUGGACAUCUUAAAAGCAAUAUUAAUAAUAGAGUCUUGUUCAGAUAAUCACAUUCAAUAAAAUACAAUUAGAAAACAAUCAUAUUUGCCCCUGGAAGGUAGGCUGUCCACUAUUAAUAUUUUCAGGUCAGAGGUGGGGACUGAGGCUGGUUUGGAGCUUCAACCAAAAAAACCCCCAUACGAAACACGGUUGGUACCAAAGGGCAUUCAGCUGGAAUAGUCCCCUUCCCAACCGCUCCCAGCACGAAUCCUGCCCUCAGUUAAACGCUUAAACCUUCUGCUCCACUAAAGUUUCACUUUAACAAUUUCCAAACUACAUUUUUUUCUUCACACGAGGCAGGAGAAAAACCCACACACACCAGGAACUCCUGUCUUUGGUGUUGACUCGUGUGUGUAGAUGGGGAGACACGUGGCUGCCUAGUCACACGUGCACUAGAUCGAUUGCAAUAGGUGUAAUAGUACUCCGAUUCUGAACCCGGAAUCUCCCAUACCAGACACCUGGAUGGGCUAUUCUACAGUUUCUUAUCUCUGCGACAGCCAACAGCAACAGGAAGUGACGCACAACUUGAGCUAAAACGGAAAGCCGCCGAGCGUACCGACGCUCUAUCGCUAUGGAAACGGGACGUCACCGCGACGUCAGGCGGAGGCGGAGUCGCUAUGUCGGCCGCGCGGUUACUCUCUCGCCUAGCCGGGCCGCUUUGCCUCAGGCGGCCCUUCUCCCCGUUCCGCGUCUUAGCUAGCUGUACUUGGAGCCAUGAGCCUCCCAGGCCGCUCGGGCAGAAGACGCGGCCCCUCGGGACUUUAACGGCGGCGGGUUUGGUGCGAGCGGCGCCCGGGCCGGCUCAGCCCUACCUGCGCCUCAUGAGGCUGGACAAGCCUAUUGGUGAGUCUGCUUGUCAAUAAUCGGGCAGCCUCUUAGUCUCCGCCCCUCUUUUUGUUUUGAAGAGGGCGGGAAGUCGCGGGGCGCUUUUGAUUGGCCGAUUCUGACCCUGUUGAACUUGCCUGGGUUCACUUGCUGUCAAGUGCAAACGUGUCUAGGAGGGGGGCCUGUUGCUAUCCGGAUGAAGGCACGACGUUUAGUCGUGUCCGAUUCUUCGUGACCCCAUGGACCAGAGCACACCAGGCACUCCUGUCUUCCAUUGCCUCCCGCAGUUUGGUCAAAUUCAUGCUGGUAGCUUCAAGAACACUGUCCACCAUCUCGUCCUCUGUCAUCUCCUUCUCCUUGUGCCCUCCAUCUUUCCCAACAUCAGGGUCUUUUCCAGGGAGUCUUCUCUUCUCAUGAGGUGGCCAAAGUACUGGAGCCUCGGCUUCAGGAUCUGUCCUUCCAGUAAGCACUCAGGACUGAUUUCCUUCAGAAUGGAGAGGUUUGAUCUUCUUGCAGUCCAUGGGACUCUCAAGAGUCUCCUCCAGCACCAUAAUUCAAAAGCAUCAAUUCUUCGGCGAUCAGCCUUCUUUAUGGUCCAGCUUAUGAGAGUAAAUUCGGUUGCACUUAGAGGGGCUUCCUCCUGAGCAAACACGCGCAGGAUUGCCCUGGGCUGUGCAUCUUUGCAAGGGGCGUGGAUCCUGUCGCUUUGCAAAGGAGGUUCUUCUUGCCACAGUCCCCUUUCUAACUUCCUCUCUGAGUAAACGGCUUUGGGUGAAUUAUCACAACUAUUAUCUUGCAAAUUAUGCUGCAGAGUUGAGCUCUACUCUUUUCUUUGUGAAUGAACCUUGAUCGCUUGCCCCUCUUGUAAGCGGAGUGGCCACGUGAUUCGGAUUCGCGUUAGGGAAGGUUAGGAAUCAGCAAUGGGUAAGGGCUGUACAGUAGUAGCUCAGGGAUAGAGCACCAUGUUUUGCAUGCCUGAGAUUCCAGGUUCAGUCCUUGGUGUCUCCAAAUAAAGCUGUGAAAGGCUUGUGUCUGAAACACUGGGGAGCUGCUGCUCAAUACACCAAUGGUCUUAUUUGGUAAAAGGCAGCUUUGUACCCCUCUGUUUGAUAGUAUAUAUGUUAAUUUGAACAUGCAAGAGGGAGUCGGAUUGUGCCUGCUGACUGCCCUGUAUGUUCGUAUGCCUACAAACUGCACAAGUUCUUUUACAUUACCAAAUGAAGUAAAUAGGACAAACUCACUCCUCUCUUAACAUUGCGUUUAAGUGAACUGUGACUAGCGCAGCAGUUUUUGCAUUGAACCUUUCGGUUCUCCCCUUGUUGCUUUAAUUACAGCCCUGAGAGAAGUGUAAGAACUUAAAUGUGUGUGUCUUUUGUUUUUUGGCAAAUACUACUCUGCUUGAUUGCCCAUCCAUAUUUAACAUGUCCCUGUUUGUGAUUCUCUUUAGUUACAUGUUUACAUGCCCCAUACAUAAAGCUGAUUUGAAGGUAUAUCUAGGAUUGUCUGCUUGAAAAAGCUGCGCCUCCUUUGACAGUAGCUUGAUGUAUAGAUGUUAGCAGCAGAUAAUGUCUAGCUGCAUGUUGAGAGAUGUUAAAGUUUUAUUUGUGCACAUCAAGACACUGUAGAAGCUUGCACAAGAGCAGUCUGGGUUUUUCCCCCCCUAUUUAGCUGACAACCUUAGAGAUAACUCCUUUUUUCUUGUGGGGAAAUUAAACUGUUGUCGAUUUGUAACGCAGGAAACCAAGAAGAAAGGUGCAAGAGAUCUGCUCUCAGCCCUUGUAGAUAAGAAGGCUCUUUAUACCUUACUUCCCAGUUCUGUGCCCCUUACUUCCUCUUGCAUUUCCACAGUGAUCAUGUGUGGUCAGGAAUGAGGCUUCCAUAAUUACAUAGGAAUUUAAUUAUAAGUAAACAACAACAACAAUUCUAAAGGGCCAUUGAUGGCAGAUAGAUUUGUUCAUCCCUAGCUAGAUGACAAUGCUCAAGGGAUCUGGAUUUGGUGUGAAACCUCUAAAUUAUGUUAUAAAAAUGUGGGAAUGUAACCUUCAGAACAAAGAAACAGAAUGCAGAAGUAAUCUCUUCAAUCCUGCAAUUCCAUAAGUUGUUGAAAUUUCUUCAGUGCAAAUGCAGAGCUAUCCUGUCUUCAGAAGUUUCCACGUUUACUUCAACGAAAGUGGCAGUUCUGCACAUGCCCACCAAAGCAAUGCAUGGAAGAAACUGCUCCUCCGCUAAGACGAAUGAGGAUGGUUUGUCAUGAUAAGAGAUGUGUAUUUAAGGUGUUCCUUAUGCUCUGAACAGGGACACGGGUGGCGCUGUGGGUUAAACCACAUAGUAAACAAUGAGGUCAGGAAAAUGAAAUGUAGAAAAUUACCAAUGUGGUAGUUAGAUUUUUAGCUGUGGGUGUACAGUAACAAACAUGCUGCUAACACAGGCAUCCUGGCACAGUAAGUCAAUUAACACAUGUAGUGUUAAUUCUGUAAGUGUCAGCACUGAACCUGUUGAUGUAUUGCAAUUCAUCGGUUUUGUGAAGCAAUCUCCCCUUAAAAUUCCUCUGUUCCCAUUUGGCUACCUUAAGGUUAUAGUGUGUCCUGUGAGAUUAAAAUUUCCUCAUGGGUUUUUCAGUAUUGCAAUUUAUGUUUAUAUUCUUUUGCAUAUUUUAUUUGUCCUAGUUAUUGUUUUCAGAAGCUUUGCAUUCACCCAGAUGAGUCAAUGCCAAUCAAGAAGAACAUACAGUAUAUGUACAGUAUAUUUAUCCAUCACUAAUUCCUACCCUAAUUUAUAUUUUUAGGGACGUGGCUGCUGUACUUACCCUGCACUUGGAGUAUAGCCCUUGCAGCAGAACCAGGCUGUCUGCCGGCCUGGGACAUGCUGUUACUCUUUGGCGCUGGCGCAGUCCUGAUGCGUGGAGCAGGCUGCACAAUCAAUGACAUGUGGGAUCAAGACUAUGACAAAAAGGUAGAGAGGACUUGAAAAGAGCAGGCAGGCUCAUAAUGUUUGCUAAGUAAGUAAAUUGCCUUUUUGUAAAGCAAGUCCCACCUGCAAGAUAUUCUCAUUGAAGACUGAAUGCGGGCUUCCUAGGCUUUAAAUACCUAAGAUGCCCCUGAUUUUGUACUGAAAUAUGUUAGCAAAGUGCAUCUCAAAUUAAGGGGCCGGUCUGAGUUGCUGAGACUGGAAAGCACUGUCCCUUAAUGUCACCCUUGUGAAGAGAAACCUAAAAAUUGCCUUCACCUCCAGGAUCUCUCUCAGUCUCUGCUCUGUUGUCAGUGCAUAUCACCAGCAAUGUGUCAGCCAGCUUGAUGGGCUGCGCCAGGUAGAUUGAGGUUCAGUGUGAGUAAACAUGCACAGCACACCAUGGUGGCUCUAUGAUGCUUCUUCACCUAGAACCGCAUUGUGUUCACUGGUACUUAGUCCCCCUGGCCUUCGUGGCAUAUACACGCCCUCUGGUGAAUAGGAGGGUGCGAUGCACCAAAGGCGAUGACUAAAUAUGGUGCGUGACUAAAACCUAAAUUUUCUGGCUUGGGAACAGUAUGUAUACAUGAUUAUAUAAUUCAAUCAUUGAAAUACUCUUCUGUGCUUAGGUUACAAGAACAGCAAGCCGACCACUGGCCGCUGGAGAGAUUUCAAAUUUUCAGUCCCUUGUUUUUCUGGGAGGACAGCUGAGCUUGGCUUUAUGCAUCCUAUUAUGUUUAAAUUAUUACAGGUAAGUUAGACAGGAGCUGUUGAUUGCUUCGGCCAUUUCUUACAAAGCUUGCUUUCAUGGAUGUGCUUUCUUUUCUUUUUUUAUAAUAAUUUUUAUUAAUUUUAACAUAUAAAUUAGAAUACAUACCACAAAACUUCACCACUUAUACAAUCGUUUUUUGGACUUCAAUCAGCACCUCUGAUGAUCCACCGUUUUAACCACUUCUUAUGCAUUCCUUAAAUUCAUAUUGCCUUUAAUUAUCUUAACUAACCAUCCUCCCCUUUAUCCAUUUUUGCAAUAGUUCCAAUAAUUCACCUUACAAAACGUCUUGCAAACCUAUAAACGUAGUCUGAUCAUCACAAUUACUUUUCAAAUAAUCUGUAAAUUUACACCAGUCUUCUGUGAAUUUCUGGUCCCGCAGAUUUCGAAUCCUUCCUGUUAGUUUAUCUAGUUCUGCAUAGUCCAUUAAUUUCAUCCUCCAUUCUUCUUUCGUCAGUAAUUCUUCUUGCUUCCAUUUUUGUGCCAAUAAUAUUCUUGCUGCCUUCAUGGAUGUGCUUUCUGGAGCCAUUCUUAUGGAGACAUAAACAUGGAAAGUGUUACAUAAUAAUUGAUAAAGUAGUUUUUUUAAUGGAGAGGCGUGGUUCACGAUGUCUGUUGUUACGAGGCUAGGAGUAAGUAAUGAAAAUGUUCUGUUCAGAACCAUUAAUUGAGAAGGAAUUGCCAUGGCCUUAAUUAAUCCUGACUUCAGUGUAUUUCAAAUGUGAAUUGUUGCAAUGAUAGAAGUAGGUUGGGGUAGAAUACAAAUGCAACUUCUUAAUGCUCUUUCCACUUCCAAUGGUUGGCCCAAUGGUUGCCAUCAAUUUGAUUUGAAUUACUUUUAUAAUGAAAUGAUUUUAGAAUGUUGUACUAAUUUAUUGUUGUUAGCCACCCUGAGCCUGGCUUCGACUGGGGAGGGCGGGAUAUAAAUAAAAUUUAUUAUUAUUAUUAUUAUUAUUAUUAUUAUUCCUUUGCAGUAUUGCUCUGGGAGCUGCAUCUUUAUCUCUUGUGGUGACUUAUCCACUUAUGAAGAGAAUAACUUACUGGCCACAGCUGUUCUUGGGUGAGCUCACAAUUUGCUUUUUCUUUCAGAUGGGGUUUGUACUGGCUUAACUCUACACUGGAUUGUGGUCAGACUGUUCAGUGUAUCGUAUUCUUUGCCAGAAUUGACUAGAUUUGUUCUGAGCAAGCAUUCUUCAUUUUCCUUCAUCGCAACAUGAGAGUUAAUGAGCACCAGCCUCUUGUAUAACUUUUCCCUGCUCUCUGUCCAGUUCUGAAGUGUUCAAAGUCUGAAUUACCUGAUUUAAACAAACUUUGCCGUGGGCAAUACUUAAACGUUAGCCAAAUAACAAGCUUUGUUUCUGUAUGUUUAUUAGCUCUUACUGAUUUAUAACAAUUGUGAAGACACAGUUUCAUUCAUAAUAAUAGUUACAGGUAGGUAGCCGUGUUGGUCUGCCAUAGUCGAAACAAACAAACAAAAUUCCUUCCAGUAGCCCCUUAGAGACCAACUAAAUUUGUUAUUGGUAUGAGCUUUCGUGUGCAUGCAGGGUAUCUGAAGAAGUGUGCAUGCACACGAAAGCUCAUACCAAUAACAAACUUAGUUGGUCUUUAAGGUGCUAUUAGAAGGAAUUUUUUUUUAUUCAUAAUAAUGUAAGUAUUGAUAUUUGGCCCUUUAACAACAUUCUCAGUGUGGCUUACAAAAUCAGAAUGUCAAAAUGAUUAAAAUACAUAUAUCAAAUAAAACAGCUAUUACAAUAAAAGCGGUAUAACAUAACCUGGUGGGGAUAAAAAUAUAAUGCUGAAGUCUCUGCACUAAAAUGAUAUCAAAGUAGGUGCCAAGUCAGCUGGUCUGGAGGCAGUAUUCCACAGCUGAGGAGCCACUACAAAAACAGCUCCCUCCCACCACAGUUCACCUGAUAGGAGCAUUCCAGAAAGGACCUCAAAGUAAGAUCUUAAAAGUCUGGGUAGCCACACAUGGAGAGAGUCUUUUGUAAGGAGGGAAGCUAAUAUUUGCAUGUUUAGUUUGGCUAGCAAAGUUCAAAUGAAUGGGUGGAAACCAGUUGUGCUUUGAGUAGAUAGACCUACUGAAAGUAAUUGGAGUUGAGUUAGUCUGACUUCUCCCAUUGCUUCCAGUGGAUCUACUCUAAGCACAACUAAGGCUGAAGUAUUAGCCCCACUUAUCUAUGAGUAAGCCCUAUUAAGAAGGGCUCGCUUCUGAGUAUUGUGUUAUUAGUCUCCACCUGACCUAGCAUGUGAAAACAGUAUGGUAAUUUGAUAGUAAUACCUAAUAAGUUCAGAUGUUUCAAAUGAACACUGGAAAGAUGGGAAGCUGCAGUGUGAAUCAAUAUAAUUUUAAUUAUUUCCCUUCUUAAUUUCUUUACUGGCAUUUGAUUUAAAGGGCUGGAAACAAAGGAACUAGUGAGGCAUGCCAAACUUGUAAGGCGCAUCCAGUUGGAUUUCUGAAUUCUUUUUAAUUUGAACAGCAGGUCACUAUGCUACACUGGAAACCUGUUUUGAAAUUCUGGUCAUUCAAAGGCAGUUUGCCACACAGUAUUGCGGGUUGGCGAAAUACUGUUUAAGAAGCAGACGUUUGAAAGAUGUCUUGGCUCCCAGAGUUACAAGAGGAGUUAUUUGAAUCUUGGCAUUUGAGAAUCCCUUCUCUGGGGUUUUCCUUCUGUCUGAUUUAUCAGGGGGCUACCAGGGAGGAGCUUUUGCAGUAUUGAUGCCCUGGCCUUAGAAUGCUCUACCCCAAAAGCUUUCCUGGUGCCCAGUCCAAUGUUUUUCUGGAGCCAGGCAAAUACCUUUUUUCUUUUCUGAAGCUUUUUAUUUUAUUUUAUUUUAUUUUAUUUUAAUCUGUUUUAUACUGGCAUUUUAGUUGCCUCUAACCAAGUCAUACUUGCAGUGAACCCCCUGAAGUCUUAAGUUGACUGACUUAAGUUCAUUGAUAUCAGUAGGUCUACUCUGUGUACGACUACCAGCACAAUCCUAACACUGUCUGCUUAGAAGUAAGACCAAUUUAAUUCAAUGGGACUUUCUCCCAGGUAAGUGAGGAUAGGGCCUGUAGCCCUAGAGCUGAUGUGUUUUACCUUAUGUUUAUGUAGUUUAAAAUAUUUUAUUCUAAACCUGAUAAUAUGCUUGAAUGGCAGUCUAUAAAUCUUAGUGAUAUAUAAAUAACAGCUGAAAGAAAUACUGUGGCGCCUACCUUUUGUUAUGAGGUAUUUUCAGGUUAUGCAAUGUUCAAUAAAUUCAAUAUAUACCGUAUUUUUCGUCCUAUAGGGCGCACCGGCACAUAGGACGCAACUCGUAUUUUUGGGGGGGGAAAUGAAUAAAAAAAAAUUAUCCCCCCCCCCCACGGCUGCCGCCCCAAGCCUUGCGCACACCUGCCCGAAGCACGGGGCACCCUCCGGAGGGCUCCCCGUGCUUUGGGCGACAGGCUGCCGCCCCAAGCCUCGCGCGCCCGGCGGGACCUCCUGCCGGGCCCGCAAGGCUUGCGGACACUCGCUGGGGCUGCAGGCUGCUGCCCGCAAGCCUUGUGAGCCCGCGGGAACUCCCGCCGGGCUUGCAAGGCUUGCGGAUAGCUUCCUGAAGCCUGGAGAACGAGAGGGGUCGGUGCGCACCGAUGCUUCUCGCUCUCCAGGCUUCAGCGAAAGCCUGCACUCGCCCCAUAGGACGCACACACAUUUCCCCUUCAUUUUUGGAGGGGAAAAAGUGCGUCCUAUGGGGCGAAAAAUACGGUACUUUGAGCCCGAGUCUUCUUGCCCAGCUAAUGUCUUUUAAUUUUUCCAAAAACCCAGCUAAUGUCUUUGGGUAAGAUGCUGAACUUAAGGCUGCAGUACUUAAGUUCUGGGAGUAAAGCCCAUUGAAGCCUGUCAUACUUACUUCUGAGUAGACAUGUAUAGGAUUUCAUUUUUCUAAUCUAUUCACUCUUCUAUCACAGUUCCCUCCCCCCAUUUCAUUUAUAUUCCCUGCAUAUGUCUUUUAAUAAACAUUAUGCCAGCAGGUUGAUCAGAUGCAAGCGAAGGCAGGACUCCUGUCUCUCUGGAAGAGGGAGUGUUUGGCAAGUGCAAUUUUUCCAUCGUUAUGGCUUGUAUAAUGAGCCAGGUGUUAUUGCCAACAUUUCCAGUGCUGCAUAACCACCCUGCCCUCCUUUUUGUGUGGCCACUAACAGUGAAUAGAACAGAUGGAAUGAGAUUAGCUUUCUGCCAUGAAUAAAAACAGUGUUGACCAAUGGGACGGGCAGACUUUAAGCGAUACUUUUUUUCCUUGGGAACUGCCUGACUCACUUCCGUAGAAUACAAUAAAAGAAAUAGUACUAUUCUUUCACAGAGUCUCAGUUGUUUAAUCUGUUUAUGAACUGGAGUCUCUUUCUUCCUGCCAAGUCAGUGUAUUUUGUACGAAAAUAUAAUCUUGUGCUGGAAACAUGGGAAGCCCUGCGUUCCUAUUCCUCCACAUCAAAACAAAGAUAAACAAAACCAAUCCGUUUCGCUUGAAAUCUGUUUAUCUUUUUGUCUACUCUUUGUAAGGAGGGGAUCAGAGCCUAUGGUAUUAGCCUGGGUGGGCUGAAGAACCCACAAGAAUGUGCCACCUUUCUGGCAGGUUCGUGUUCCCACCCAUUCUCUCACUGUUGAUGGCGAUGCAGAUCUUACACGGUCAGGGGGACGGUGCCUGGUUUUCUCCCUUGCAUUAGUAUUAGUGCGCACACUUUGUGGUCAAUUGACUCUCUUUGGGUUGAAAACUCUGAUGCCAGUAAAGUCUGGGGCUAGCUGGCUUAUUUUGGCAAAAGCCAUAAUCAUUUCCAACAAAGCUCAUGCUCCAUCUGCAGUCAGCCAGUUUCUCUUAAGUCGCCUACAGAACUUGUUACUUUUUUCUUGCUCCAGACUAACACGGCUACUAUUCUGGGAUUGUGAUUUCUUUUUGAUCAGCCAGUCAUUUUCAUGGUGGUUUUUGUACUGCUUUUAUUGCAUUUUAUAUUUUAUUGUAUACAUUGCUGUACAUCACCAUGUUACAUUGUAUGAAUUGGCAGUGUAGAAAUACUUUUGUAAGUAAAAUAAAACUGUUUGGCCGAGUGUUGAAUCAUUCUGAAAACGAAGUCCUAUCAGGGUGCCUCACAAGAAUGUUGAAUCUCAUUGCAAAUGAACGAGCAAGAUAUUUCUGAAAAAUAGAUAGAGACUAUUGCUGCAUUUGAGACUCUUUGUUUUAGUUUUUGUCAUAUCUCUUUCAGGCCUGACCUUCAACUGGGGAGCCUUACUUGGGUGGUCAGCUGUCCAAGGCUCUUGUGACUGGUCAGUUUGCUUGCCCCUGUAUUUCUCAGGAGUUUGCUGGACAUUAAUGUACGACACUAUUUAUGCUCAUCAGGUAUAUACCCUUCCUGUUCCUUAAUAAGGAGGCUUUGGAAAUUAGGGACUGGUGCUGAGUGGUUUUGAUGGAUUAUGGGGUGAUGGAUACCAAAGCAGGUUUUAAACUGCAUGCUUGUUUGAACAACUCCUUAUUUGUUAAUAGUUUCUUUGUUCUCAUUGUUGAUGUUUUUAUGGCGGUUAUUGUGACUUGCCCUUAUCAACCCUGUUGGGGUACAAAAGCAGGUUGUAAAUGAACAAAAUGAACGAUUUCAGUGUCCAUGGAGGUUUGGAAUAUUUGCUUAUAAAUUUACAUGCUUGUUUUUGGUUUUCAUAAUAGCUAGGCAGCUGCUGAUUCCACAGUUUAGGAAUGAUUAAUCAGAAUAUCCAAAAAUGAUCAGAAUAUCCAAAAAUAAUAACACCAAGGCUUCAGGUGCAUUUAUCUUCAGCAACCUUGAUAAAAGAAGUUAGUCUUGUAUUACUAUUAUUUCCAUAUUACAUAUGAGAGGCUAAGGUUGAGAGAGGGCUACUUGCAUAAGGCUGCUCAGCAAGUAGUUCUGAGCUUUGAAUGGGGAACACCUUAAUUUGUAGCUCAUGCUCUUAACUACUUGGUAGUGGCUCAUGUUCUAGCAUUCUCGUAUAUCCUUUUCCUCUACACUCUGUUGUCUUUCAGGAAAUAUUUUACUCUCAUUUGGUUCAAAAUGUGUGGGUUAACAUCUCUCUCUACAUCAAAUCGAUGGAAAUCAAUAGAAAUUCUUAUACAGCAAGAAUUAAAUAAAACUCUUUAAAAGCUAAACGAAAACAGAGUAAAACUUUGUGCCAUAGAUAAAACUGAGCAGUGCACACAAAGAGAAAAGUUUCAGGAUUUAGGAAUAAGACUCCAGGAAACUUUGUGUAGCCAUAUAUACCUGAAGAGGCAUUCAUAGCUGACUACUUUCUCUACCACAUGAACCAUCCAGGGGAAGAUAUUCCAAAGGAUGGAUAAAGUACCACUGAUAAAGUCCAUUUCUGUGCAAUCACCAAGAGGCAGCCAUGAAACUUGGUCUGUAUGAGGGGAGGCGGUCUGUUAAGUACCUUUGACCAAAGUUCUUAUUAUCAACCUCAAAACCUUGAACCUGAUUCAGCAACUGAUAAGUACCUUCCCAUUUGUGCCAAGGGGUUGUGGUUUGGUUGGUGUUUUCUCUCCAGCUCUCUGGCCUUCUUAUUGCUGGGUUAGGUCUCUAACAAGGAUCAACAUGCUCACAGGCUCUUCUUACAAAGACCACUUCCACGUAAAAUCACCAUCCUUCCCUGUCUAAGUCUAUGAAAUGCCACAUGACUGGUCUUUUCAUUAACAACUCCUUCCCUUGUAGGAUAAAAGAGAUGAUCUUGCCAUAGGUGUGAAAUCUACAGCACUCCGGUUCAAUGAAAACACAAAGCCAUGGCUCAGUGCUUUCAGCACCAUCAUGCUUUCGGGACUUACUGCAGCAGGAAUGCAUUGUGAUCAGACUUUUCCAUACUAUGUCGCUGUGACUGUGGCAGGCAUCCACUUGGCUCAGCAGGUUAGAUCCCAUAUUGUGUUGCUCUUUAUGUGGAAGCUUGAAAUAGAUGGAUGCUUUAGCAGCUUGGCUUCAGUUCUUAACCUGCUGAAGCACCCGCUCUGUCUUGUAUCCACUAAAGAUAUUUCUUGCCUUUCUAGGUAUACAAUGACGUUUUUAACAGGGAGGGGAUGGUGAUGGUGAUGAUGAUGAUGGCGAUAAUACCGUAUUGGCCCAAAUAUAAGCCACACUUUUUUUCCAAAUUCCGACUCUGAAAAGUUAAAGUACGACUUAUAUUUGCGACCUUAAGAUCAUGCUGCUGAAACAGCUGCCCACAAGGGCCGUCGGGGGUGCGGGACAACGGCGCCUGUCCUGACCUCGGCUCCCGAACUGCCAGAAAGAAGGGGGAAGUGAGGAAAAGUGGGACAGCUCCCACCCCCAGGAAGCAGCACGGGGCAUUGGCGCACCACCCACCUGCCUCCCCCAAGCCGUCGGAGGGAAAGGGGGGAGGCCGCUGGCAAAGCAGUUACUGUAUUCGGCAUCGGAUGACCACAUGGGCUUCAGUGGUGAGAGAGUUCUUGUUUGGGACGGGUGCUUGUUGACCCCCUUUUGAUUCCCGUCCCCAACCCUCCCUGGGCAAUCCUUGUUUGUGUGUUUCUCGUUGUGUGAUUGUGCUUCAUUGGGUGGGUGCCUUUCGAAAUCCUCCCCCUCCAGUUUUAAGGGAGCAGCUUAUAUUCGGGUAUUGUCUUUUUUCCACCUCCCCCUCCAAUUUUAAAAGAGCGGUUUAUAUUCGAGUGCGGCUUAAAUUUGGACCAAUACGGUAUUAUUUAUAUGCUGCCCAUCUGACUGGGUUGCCCCAGCCGCCCUGGGCAGCUUCCAGCAAAAUAUAAAAACACAAUAAAACAUGGGAUAUCUAGAAGAGAGAAGUUGGUAAAGCACAGCAAAACUUGGGGAGGAGAAAGUCAUGAGUAGCAUUUUUAUAAAGCAGGUGAAUUUAUGGCAGUCCAGGAAAAAACUUGGAAGCAAAAAAGUUAUCGUAAGAAGAAGAGGGAACUGAGUAAAGGGUAUUGAUUUGGCGAAUUAUAAGUGUGAAUUACAGUACACUAAUAUUGAUAUCCCCCUUCCUUCUCCAGAUAUACACUUUGGAUAUUCACAAGCCUGAAGAUUGCUGGAAAAAGUUCUCUUCUAACCGCACAGUAGGACUCAUACUUUUCAUAGGGAUUGUUCUUGGAAACUUACAGAAAAGGAAAAAUACAGAAGCAACAAUGAAAACGUUAGAUAGUACAGAAGAAAAUAAAGUAGUUUUACAGAAAGGAAAUGAACACAACUAA